CGACCGGAAGAGGAAACCGUAGUUUCCUGAACCUCCCCCAGACACUUGGGGGUGUCCGUCUGUGGUGCUGGUGGUUGUUUAGUGUGUUUGUUUGUUAUGGCCGCUGCCGUCGCUAUGGAGACAGAUGAUGCUGGAAAUCGACUUCGGUUUCAGUUGGAGUUGGAAUUUGUUCAGUGUUUAGCCAACCCAAAUUACCUUAAUUUUCUUGCCCAAAGAGGUUACUUCAAAGACAAAGCUUUUGUUAAUUAUCUUAAGUACUUGCUUUACUGGAAAGAACCAGAAUAUGCCAAGUAUCUAAAGUACCCUCAGUGUUUACAUAUGUUAGAACUACUCCAAUACGAACACUUCCGAAAGGAGCUGGUGAACGCUCAGUGUGCGAAAUUCAUUGAUGAACAGCAGAUUCUACAUUGGCAGCACUAUUCCCGGAAGCGGAUGCGUCUUCAACAAGCCCUGGCAGAACAGCAACAGCAAAAUAACACAUCAGGAAAAUGAACAGCUGGAAACAGCUCAGGGUCUUAAGACAUGUAUAUAAUGUUUUUCAUUGUACAGUGAAGAUAAAGUAAGACUCCUCUUCCUGCCUACCUUUAUUGUAGUAGCACCUGGAACCUUUAAUGUGCUUUUUUAAUACAGUUUUUUUAUUGUUAAUAGAUUG